UUUCAACUCCGUCUUCUUCUAUCUCUCUGUUCCAAAUUCACAAACACAAGAAAAAAGAUGGAGACUCGUGCUGCUUCAAAGAGAAAGGCAAACGCCGCCACCAUAGUCAUAGUCGAAAAACAACACCCCAAGAGACAGCGCGUUGUGUUGGGUGAACUUUCCAAUCUACCAAACAUUAUUGUCCCCGAAACUCAAAAUCCACGCAAAGAGAAACUCCAAUGUCGGAAGAAUCCCAAUACGAAGAAACAAUCUCUUACAAACAACACCCUUUCUUUCCCCCAGAUCGAUGAAUCUCAUGUUUUCGAGAUCUUUGAGUAUCUUCACGCAAUGGAGAGAAAGAGAAGACCAAUGAUUGAUUACGUGGAGAAAGUUCAAAAACAAGUUACGACAACUAUGAGGACAAUAUUGGUGGAUUGGUUGGUUGAGGUAGCUGAGGAGUACAAGCUUCUCCCAGAUACCCUUCAUCUAUCUGUUUCAUACAUCGAUAGAUUUUUGUCUGUUAAUCCUGUUAGUAAAUCAAGGCUUCAAUUGCUAGGUGUUUCAUCCAUGCUCAUUGCUGCCAAGUAUGAGGAAGUUGACCCACCCCGUGUUGAUGCGUUCUGCAACAUCACUGAUAACACAUACCACAAGGCAGAGGUUGUAAAGAUGGAAGCUGACAUACUCAAGACUUUAAAGUUUGAGAUGGGGAAUCCAACUGUAAACACCUUUCUAAGGAGGUUUGCUGAUGUUGCUUCUGAGAACCAAAAAACUCCAAAUUUGCAGAUUGAAUUUUUGAUUGGCUACCUUGCUGAGCUAAGUUUGUUGGACUAUGAUUGUUUGAUAUUCUUGCCUUCUAUUUUGGCCGCAUCAGCUAUAUUUCUUGCCAGAUUUAUUAUCUGGCCUGAAGUGCAUCCUUGGACUUCUUCCUUGUCUGAAUGCUUGGGUUACACACCGGCUGAUUUAAAAGAAUGUGUCCUCAUCUUGCAUGACUUGUAUUUGUCAAGAAAGGCAGCAUCCUUCAAAGCUGUUCGGGAUAAAUACAAGCAACACAAGUUCAAAUAUGUAGCUAAUCUGCCUUCCCCUCCACAUGUACCAAGUUAUUACUUUGAAGAACAGUGAUGCACUGGAAAUUUCUUGAUAGAUAAAAUUCAUUUGGAAAAAUAGAAGACUUUUUGAAGCGAUCUACUCUUAUGGAACUUGGUAUCUUUUAAAUCAUGCUUGAUCAAGCAUGUCAUGUGUUGAACAGUGUGGUUUGUUCAGCCAUUGUUUUGAAUGGCCUGGCUUAAAAAAUUGACGGGCAAGGUUUGUGUCUUUGAAUUGCAAUGGCAGAAGGAUCAGGUCAAAUACCAAUGUCAAUUGCCUUUCCUGUUGAACAAUCAUGGAAAGGCCUUUAAAAAGGAAAGAGCCCAAUUAACAAGAUCUUAUAUGGUACUACUGCACAAUUAUCAUUGUGGCCCUGAAGGAAACACAAGAUACAAUCAUGAUCUGGACUCUGCCGAAAAAUUUUGGCAGUCUAACAACAUUGUGCAUUUGGAGAAUUACGGCAUAGGAUGAGGUGCAGUAGCUGGUAAUAGACAUAUCAGCUUGUUUUAAUAUAAAAAAUAUCACUUUGAAUUUGGAGGAUUUGAACAAAGUCACCUUGUGAAAAAUGGUAUUUAUGAUCUUGCCAGAUAUCUUUGUCAACAUUGAUCCAAAUGAUGUUGGUUGCAAUCUCGUGGGGGAGACUGGGCAACUCGACCAAGAAAGCACAAGGGUGUUACACUGCUUCCAAGCAGAAUACAAGGGAUCUUGAUCUUGGGAUUUAGAGAUGUCGUUGUCAACAAAUUCCAAGCAGAGAAGGGAUCUUGAUCUUGUUGGUGUAAAUUUAGAAUUCUUCUAAUUUGGAAAUGUAGUUUAAUAUAAUCCACAUUAACUCCUCCGAGAAUGAGGUGAAAUUUGAUGAACUAUUUGAGAAACUCUAGUGAGCUAAUAAAAUUGCCAAGUUUAUGUUUGCGAUCAA